AUGGCCGAUGAUACGCCAACAAAAAGUGUGCCUUUUCUUUCACCAUCAUCCAAUGUUAUUUGUAUCAUCUGUUAUGAAGAUCUGCAAAAGAAAUACGGUAACAAUGCCGGAAAAGCAGGGAAUAAAAAAAUCUUUGGAGACAACGUAAUAAAACUGAGGCUUGUAAGACUGUAGAACAAUUCUUGCAACGUUGUUUAGAUUAUUCAAAGAACUUGAAAUGUAUUUGUCGGUCAUGUUUAAAUCAGUUAAAAAAAGGACAAAAAAUCUUGUCAGAGGGUCAGUUGCAACUUAAAAGCAACCAAGAAAAGGCUGAAGAGACCUUUUUGUGAGUAAGGGUAAAACAUGAAUUAUCCUCAUCGACGGAAGCGACGUCAAAGGCUGUGUCAAAGGCGAGACGAUCAUUGAAUCAAGAUCUUUAUACAAGAAAAUGCUCACAUUUCAGUUCUAGGGGCGGAAAAAUACAAAAAAUUUUAUGGGGGAGAAUACCCCCAGACCCCCUACUAGUACAUACGAUACCACACCAAACUUUUUGUCACCAACAACCUUCUGUCAUCUCUCCACACUCAAUAUAAUAUGGUCCCUUUUUGUAGAUGCCCACCCCCCAGACAAGUUCUUAAAAAAACCCUGUGUUCAAAUCAUUUCGCUGUGUGAAGACGGGUCAUGGGUUAGGGUUAUGGUAGGACAAAUGUUGCAUUGCAAAGUAGUAACACAUAAUAUAUAUAUUUUAAUCAUAUAUGGUUGAAUCAUAUUCACCAGGGUAAAACAUCAUGAGCUAGAUUAAUUUAAACAGAUUGUCCUAAUAUCUAACUUUACCUGCAACGCACACCUGUUUCAUUGCUGUUAAUUUUUCAAAGCACACUGGGGGGGGGGGUCAGAAACGUUUCUACUUUUAUGAGGGGGGAGGCACAAAAAGUUUGCCUUCAGUCUGGAGAGGGGUCAAAAAAGUUUUCAAUCCUUAUUUUCCCCAUUUCCUAACCCCCCUCCCCAUAAAUAAUGACCACUCCCUAAAUUAAUAAACCAUAGAUUUUUUUCAGAUACAAAUUCUAUGGCAUACAUAAGGGUUACUAAGGGUUCAGGAUUAGCUGUCCCCAGCGAAAAUUUGACCCCACCCCUUCUUUUCAUGUAUAAAAUUAUAACUAUCCUGCCCUCCUCCCAAGAAUAUUUUCAAGGGGCCAUAACUGAGAAACCUAGCUACACCACUGGUUAAUUUAAUUUAUAUUGAAUAGAGUACCACUGUAUUACUUAUAAAUUUAGUUAACUGGACAAUUAUACAAUUUGUAGGGUAUAUUAAAUGUAUCUGAUGGUGAAGGAAACAUAAUAGAUUUGAACUUAAAAUACAUAAAAAUUGCUGAAGCUGUUGCACUGGAUAAAACUGAUCAGGAAAUAUGUUGUGCCAUUUGGGAGGUGAAAGAGCUGAGAGAAAAACUGUUAGAGUUGAUUGAACGUAAAGUAAAGGAGGAGGUUGGGAAUGGAUGUGGGCGUAACUUUUCAAGAUGUUUUCGUGCUUCUAUGGCAUCAGAUUUAAAGUCGUUCUCGUAUGAAGAGCAGGAGAAAGAAUUUGUAGAUCAAUGUCCGAUUUUGAACCGAGUAAUAACUGCAGCCGCAGUCAACGAGAGAAAUUUGAAGAAAUAA